AUGUUGCGCGUCUGGACACCCGACGGGGACACUGAACUAAUUCCUUUAGAGAAGGAUGUCUCUUCAGGCCGCAUGAGCAAGUCAGUGAGGGACGUCAAGAGAUUGCUACAUCACCGAUGUGGGAUACCUCGGUUCAGACAGAAGCUCAUUCAACGUAGCACGGGACAGGUCCUCGAGGACAGUGACGUCUUGAUGUCACCUGGUGGUGAGAUCCAGCAGGUGAUUCUGAGUUUCGUGGCCGCGCGGGAGCAGGACCACGACCGCUUGAAGAAGGCAGCCGGCGGUGGCCAUAUUGGUCAAGUGGAGAGCCUGCUACUUCGACCUUUAGAUCCGAACAUCACGGCCCAGGACGGUAUUUCACCGCUCCUCAUGGCAUGCGGCGGUGGCCAUUUGGAGGUCGUGCACCUGUUGUUGGAAGCCUUGGCCGACGCGAACCUCGUGAGCAAUGGAAACAGCUACUCACCCUUGAGGCUGGCCUUCGAGAAGGGGCAGAUCGGCAUUGUGAGCUUGCUCUUGCAAGCGAAGGCGACUCCUGGCCCAGGAGAGUGCAAAGGCUCCUGUGCUGGUGACACCCUGUUGCAUAUUGCGGUGAAGUCCGGCGACAUUGCAGUCGUCCACUCUGUCGUUCAGGCGAAGGCGGAACUUAACAAGGCAAGCUCGAACGGUGGUACCGCCUUGUAUGAGGCGUCCUUCAAAGGUAACCUGGAGAUUCUGCACCUACUCCUCAUGGCAAAGGCUGACGCCAAUAAGGCCGAUGCUGAUGACUGCACUCCAAUCUGCAAGGCGGCAAGCACUGGGAACACGGAUGUCGUGCGAUAUCUCAUGAAGGCAAGAGCUGAUAUGAACAAGGCGAACUAUAUCGGCUCCACACCGUUGCAGGUGGCUACCGGAGGCAAUUUCGGGCAAGUCGUGCAGGUGCUCUUGCAGGCCUCGGCUGAUGCCAACAGACCGGAUAAGACUGGCUCCAACUCCUUGCACAUCGCCUGUGGCAGCGGCUUUGUGCAGGUGGUGCAACUUUUAUUGACAUCGAAGAUUAACAAAGACAAGCCUGACAAGUGUGGUUUGACCCCGCUUCAUAUCGCUAGCGGGCGGUGCCUGGUCGAAGUUGUCAGAGUGCUCCUAGAGGCUUCUGUCAAUGUCAACAAGGCCGACAUUGACAAGAUCACCCCACUGCAGACAGCGGCUGGUCGGGGCUUCGUGGAGAUCGUGCGCUUGCUGCUAACUGCUGGUGCCGAUGUCAACCUUGCCAGCGACCGUGGCAGUACUCCUUUGCAUGAAGCAAGUUGGGGAGGCCACGUAGAGGUGCUUCAUGACAAAGGCUCUUCUUCUGACGCAUCCGGGUCAUGCCAUGUAGCCGUCGUCCGCUUGCUGCUUGAGAAGCAGGCUGACAUAAACUUCUCCGACAACACCGGCAGUACGGCUCUGCAUAUUGCGUCUGCAAGGGGCGUCCUGCCAGUUGCGCGCCUGCUGGUUUUCGCCCGGGCUGAUCUACACAAGCUCAACUUGAAUAAUCGUACACCAGUUCAGGUUGCACACAGCUGCAACUGCGGGAACGUUUUCAAUUUGCUCGCGAAGGCUGGGCAAGUCUUUAGCAGAGCAAAUAGCCGCGCUUGGACUCUGAAUCAUUGCCAGUGA